CGUGCUUUAAUACCAAUAGGAUGACAAAUAGCUUGAUUUGGCGAUACAAAAGGAUACCAGUCACCCAGUCAAAACGAUCCCCUCGUAAGAUCCAAAGUCCCUAUCACCAGGUUUGAUGGCCCGUACUGACCACCAUCUAAUAAUGCAAACUCACGUUGCCCGCCAUUUUCCUUGGCCAUCCAAGCCACGUGACCAUUGACGAGCUGAGGAUCAAACCAGAUCAUUUCAUUCCCUAGACGAACCAAAUCGCCUCGCUAGAGAACAUACUUGCAGCGGUUGGAACUCAGGGGUUGGGAUAAGCGCUUACAUGUGGGCACCGUCUUACAUCAGACGACAGGCAGGCAAUCAUCCAUCCCUGGAGCCCAUCGGCCACUCCAAGCUCGCGUCUCUUGGGGUGAGAUUCGAAAAGGGAAACACAUGCUUCUGCAUCUUAUGGAAAGCCCUGCCAGCGCAUGGCUUCUGUUGGACUUGGCGAGCCCGUUGAGUGGUUUGACCUGAGAGAAUUGCGACAACCAUGCAAAUAUGAUCAAGAGACGGCAUCGCACGUGAAAAAGGGCCAAGAUCCCGGGCCUCAAAACUACAAACGAAAUCAUGGAUCGGUUCUUCAAGGAAAAAAGGAGUUUCCAAAUACAGACACAACGAUGGAAACCUCACCGCAGCCUUCCAACCCGCCCAGAAAGCGAGACUUCAAGCGCCGCUUCACCGACCUCCACAUCGACAUCACAAGCAUCCUACACGGCUACACCCCCUCACCGCACUUCCUCGCAAGCGACGUCACCGGCUUCAUCCUUUUCACCCUCCUCGCGACAGACUGGCCCUCCGUCUGGCGCGCAAAGCUCUUCCGCGCCUUUCCCUUGGCCCAAACGGCCCCCGAGACCCUAUCCGGCUUCUGGAACGCCUUCUGGCAGGAACGAUGGCACCAGGAAGACCACGCCGAGUCGAAGACGGACAAGUGGAACCCGGGCUUGUACAAGUCGCCGCCGCCGCGGAUGCGGUCUUGUCGCGAGGUGCUGAAUCGGCAGCAGGCGUUGAGGAAUUGUUGCGCUGCGCAGAUGGAGGAGCUUGACGGGCCUGAGGUGGGGAAGGAGCUGUUGUUGCAGGUUGCGCUGGCGUUUUGCUGGCUUUGGGCGGUGAUCAAGGACUAUAAGCGGCUCCUCUGCCUGGUGCAUGCAAUAGAGACCGAUGGCGAAGGGUGUCGCCGCGAGGAAUUUGAGAGGGAGGUGCCGGUGGUGGUGUGCAAAGGAGAGGGGACUAUGCUCGUGGCGCGGGGCGGCCCGUCGUACUGUUGCUUGAGACGGCUCCAAAGACAUAUCGAUCGUGGGCAAAGCAUGAUUGACAAGUUUGUAGAGCUGGAGAUGUGUGAUGGUACCGACGAUGCGCUUUGGACUGAGUUGGAGUGGCUAAGCGAGAAGGAAGGUGAAAUUCCAGCCGAAAUGCCGCAAAAAGAUCGGUUUCUCGUCAAUCGUGUCGUUUUCUCGGCUGGUUUAUCAUGGCUCAUGGUUGCCAUCAGCUGCGACUUCGCGACCUUCUACUUCCUCGUCCUGAUACGGCAACUGGGGGCCCGUUCACUGCCGUAACACAGAGUUAUAUAACAUCGGGCGAAUCCUGUUACGAAGAGUUACCCUUAAACACCAAUUACGCAUGACAUGUCUAAGGCUGAU